UUUUGGGUCCGGCAGUUGCCAGCGGGGACUGGGAGCGGGAGGAGAGCCUCGCCGCCGGGUCGCUGCUAUGAGUUGAAAACCACUGGCCACCACCUCCUCCUGCUCCUCCUCUCUUCUUGACACCUCAGAUCUCAUUACAAUGGUCAGCGCCUCCAGCCUGCUGCUGCUGCCGUCCUCCGUGCGGGACCUCGCCUCCUGCGUCGUCGCCGACGUCGCCGCCUGCACCACCCCCUCCUCCACCCUCACCUCCCCCGCCUCCCCCUCCACGCUCUCCGUCACCGUCUUCUACCGCGCCGCCGCGCUCCUGCCCGGGCAGAGCUCCCCCGCGCACCUGCGGCUCACCUGGACCCGCUCCCCGCUCGGCCCCACGCUCUCCUUCUCCCCCUCCGCCUCCAACCCCGCCGUGGUCCUCCGCAGGCGCAGGGGCACGCAGUCCGUCCCCGUCGACGACGCCGCACGGCCACAGCUCGUCGUGUUCUGGGACCUCACCGCCGCGCGCUACGACGCCUCCCCGGAGCCGCACUCCGGCUACUACUUCGUCGCCGUCGCCGGCGCCGACGUCGUGCUGGCCGUGGGCGACCUGGCGGCCGAGUUCGUCGAGGAGAGGUUCGAGGGCCGGAUCCCCAAGGCCGCGGCUUUGACCGUCCCGUUCGCGCGCAGGGAGCGCGUCGUUGCGCCGGACCCGGCGGCGAUGCACACCGCGCGGCGCGUCCGGUUCGCCGAGGGCGGCCCGGAUCACGAGGUAAGCGUAGGGUGCUCCGGCGGCGCGGAAGAAGAAGAGCUGUGGGUGAGCGUCGACGGGAAGCGCGCGGUGCAGGCGCGGCGGCCGCGGCUGAACUUCCGGGGGAACCAGACCGUGUUCGUGGACGGCGCGCCGGUGGACGUCAUGUGGGACCUGCACGGCUGGUGGUUCCGGGAGCCUCCGUACGGCAGCGCGGUGGUCAUGCUCCGGGCGCGCAGCGCGCUGGAGAGCCGGCUGUGGCUAGAGGAGGAGGAGGUCGCCACCGCCGCGCCGGGGUUCUCGCUCGUCCUCCAGGCCUUCAAGUCCCGCACUGAUGGGCGGCUAUCAUCUGCCCCUGCCCAUUGAUCAUACAUGUAGCUACUCCAUUCAAAUGAGAGGACGGCGAACUUCGUGGAAUUAAGCAAACUGCCUGUUUCACUGAAGCCGAAGGGAUCAGUAAGCUUACAAGCAACAUGAUCAUGAACAUAACAGGUGAAUACAUUGAUGUGAGUGUGUAGUGUAGGCAAAUUUCAUCUCCCUUGCUAGUUGAUUUUACUCUUCUCCGAAUCAUAACUUGUGAUGUGUGCAAGUACAGUUAACAAAGAACAGCAACAUAAAAGUGUGCAAUAGUUUGGAUCCUUCUGUGUUGAAUGAUGAAAUCAUACUUUAGAU